CCCGAAGCCUCCAGCGGCGAGAGGCAACCCCAACGAUCCACAAUUUUCUAUGUAAACUGUGCGAUCUUUGGGUCAUCUACCCAAUUGCUUCUCGAAUUCCUCUUCUUGAGGUAUGCAGACUGUACGGUUAAGACUUCAGAUUGGUCUGCUGCAACAACGACAGUCCACCUGCGCAUAUCGCCUCGCCUCAACGUCUUACCUCUCCAUAUUCCAAGCCCGACAUUGCCUCCGUCAUCGCUCCAAUAGUACUCAACGAAGAUGGCAAUCUGUGCAGGCGCAGAGUCAGAACGAGAUUGCGGACGCGGAAGGUAAUGUGCAGCUAGAGAGCAGUGGCACUUCAACUCCAGCACCGGAUACCUCACAAAAGAAAUACGCGAAGACGCCGUUCUAUUUCGAAGCUGGAUAUGCUCUUUUUGCGAAACGUCGCUCACGGCCUUUUCCCCCUCCCUUUGUCUCUAUGCCCUCGGGCUCAUUUUCCGACCCUCUCAGUACACACGAUCGAUCGCGCGACCGCAGGGGACAGCCUACCGUGAACGGUGAGAUAAUACGAGGGAUUACUAAUGGCGAUGAUGCUGUCUUGGUUAGCGAGAACUUCAUAUGCGCCAACGAUGGGGUAGGUGCUUGGGCGCAGAAGGAGAAAGGGCAUGCAGCGCUGUGGUCACGGCUCAUCAUUCAUUUCUGGGCUCUAGAAGCAGAGAAGGACGAAUAUGGCGGCGAUCACGAACCCAAUCCUGUCGCAUAUUUACAAAGGGCUUUCGAAUCUACGAAGCAAGCGACUAGUCAUCCUAGUGAAUGGUAUGGGACUACGACAGCAAGCUCUGCGCUUCUGAGUGACGACCAUAAGAACCCUCCCCAUCCGGUGAUAUAUGCUACUCAGCUAGGAGACAGCCAGAUCAUGGUUUUACGACCACGCGAUCGAGAGAUCAUUUACAAAAGCAAAGAACAAUGGCAUUGGUUCGAUUGUCCACGCCAGCUUGGCACAAAUUCACCUGACACUCCUGAAAAAAAUGCCGUCAUGGAUCGCGUUGAGAUCGAAGAGGAUGACGUAGUGCUCGCCAUGUCUGACGGUGUUAUUGACAACUUGUGGGACCAUGAGGUUUUACAAAAUGUGGUGGACAGCAUGCACAGAUGGGAAAAUGGCGAAGUGCCAUUAGAGAACGAAGGUCGUGAACCUGCUGAGCAGAGCUACAGUGAGGAGAUGAUGUAUGUGGCUGAGGAGCUUGUCAAGGCAGCAAAGGCAAUUGCACAGGACCCAUUUGCAGAGAGCCCGUACAUGGAGAAAGCGAUCGAGGAAGGAUUGAGCAUUGAGGGUGGAAAGAUGGAUGACAUUAGCGUAGUGGCUGGACAGUGCAAGAGGAGAAAGACAUGAUGGCACAACCUGGAGGCAUGAUCAUGAGUAUUUUAAUAGACCUCUACCAUCGGCCUCUGUCGUUGGAGAGCAGAACGCUUAGUCAUAUGUUUGACUGGCAUUAAUCGGCCGAAAAGAGGUUCGCAGGGAGAGUAAAGCACAGCUUGCUAGCUCACGCGAUUUUAUAACACUGCUCAAGCUCGUCACAAGGUUGGGAUUGCUGUCGGGUGGCGAAGCCAAUCCUAGAUCCUGUAUGUCGUUCCCUCGAUUGCGAGAGCGAGGGACGUACAAACGAAAAUGAUGACCGAGACGAGAUGGGAGAGGAUUUGGAUGUGCUCACGGACGCUUUUCAGAAAAAGGCGUCACUAAGGAGUCUCCGGCGUAGGAUAUGGCUUAGAUGCGAUAAUGCAUUAGCCAUGGUUUGCGACUCGGAUUUGGAGCAAUGAGAUGGCCAACACAUCGAGGACGAGUGUGAACUCCCUAUAUGAUUUUCAUAUUCCCUCCAGAGGAGAAAUCUAUC